UCACUCUUUCUCUCUCUCUUUUCGUCCAACUGUUGUGUUCGUCGGUACCGGAGCGUGAAUGAGCGGAACCACGUCUGUAAAUAUGUAACUUUCACAGUCCCUCCAAACAGCAGCGUUUACCACCGGGAGAAGAAAGAUGGACCCUGUUGGGAGAAAAACACAGGAGAAGUUGUGGCUCCGCGGUCUGCUUUGGUGGUCGCUCCUGCUCCAGGCGGCGUCGGGAGGUAACGAUGCAACUUUCCGACUUUUUAAUCAAUGAAAACACACAAAGAGAUAAACUUACUCUGCUGCUUUCACUUGUAACAAGUUAAUUUUAGCCACACUCUUAAAGUGGAGAAAUUUGGUGAGUUCCUUCACGUAUCUGCCGUGAACCGAGGAGACAGUGAGACCUAUGGAGGAACCCUUUAAUGCUUCUGCAGGAAUAACCCAAACUGUACCAUGUAGACUAACUGUCUUUGUUUGUUAAUCUGUUUAUGAGCCACAGCUCUAUUUCUGUAGCAUCAUGCAUGUGUCUCUAAAAACAGGCGAAGUAUCACUUUACUGAUGAAUAUAUUUAAAAUGUUCUCUUCACAUGCUUUCAGCUGCUUUACACGCGCAUAAACCUCAACAUUAGAAGUGCAUCAAUUGUUUAUGAAGGUUGUUGGUUUUUGUUUGCCAUGUUGCCCAGUUUUGAUCUGGAUUUAGCAUUCAAAAUACACGGUUCUUUCAUGCUAUUUCAAAUGAAUGAGUCUUAUAAGUACAUUAGUAUUUAUUUUAUAUUUAUGACCUUGGCUAAUCUGUGCAUGCAUGAUGCACUCAGAGGAUAUGCAGUUCAGUGUGAGCACCCACCUCAGAGGGAGAGAGAGGGAGAGCGGCAGAGAUGGGGCUGUGAUGCCCAUUGCACUGGAAAAGCUAUCAGACUGUGACAAUGGCACACUCAUGAAAUCCUAGAAUUGACAGUCAUCUCUGUGCUGAGAGGUCUAAGGGCAAAAUCUGUUUUUAGUGAGUGAGCUUCACAUGUACGUUCACAUCCAUAUGGGCAUUCAUUAUGUUCUUUGCUUGAGUUGCUCCUGUGCAUGUGUCAUCUAAAUUCAGUGUCUGCCCAGGCUUACCCCCUGGGGAUAAUCAGGCGUUAUCUUACUAUGACUCACCCUUACCGAAUCUUUCAUUGAAUAUUAUUACAGUAUAGACAAUUGUUUGAGCUCCAUGCAUGUCAGACCUCUGUAUUCCCUCUGCAGCAUUAUAAAAGCAGCCUAUGCUACGGCCCCCAUGUCGUGGGGCUUUGACAGAGCAUCAGCAUCAGAGGGGCAUGACAGUCCAAAAAACGAAAGAGGCACUUCAGUCAAGUUGCAUCUCUGAUUUGUUGUACAAACUGAGUGCACAGGCAGUGACAUGCACUGAUCUCUCACCCCUCAAAUUAACUGAGAGCGGGUGUUUGCUCAAAGGUCACUGCUUUUGUCGCUGAAAGAGUGGUGUGCGAAAUCUCACCAAAAAAAAAUGUCCCGGAUACACAUGAAAGUGCCCCUGCAGACAUGCAGAUUACAGAACAACCUCCAAACACCUCCUGUUUGUGCUUCUUAAGACACACAGUCAUGUGCACACGGGUGUGUUUAUGUGUGGGCAUUGUCUUCUGGCAACUUAACUGUGCUCUUUCAUUUACAUACACCCACAAAAUGUCCAUGUUGAAGCACGUGAGAUGAAAAGCAUCUCCCAAACGCCACUAUUUACAUCGUUGCGGAGCUCUUCAAGAAUCGUGAUUCCUCUAGGGAAGUGAACUGUGGGGGGGAAACCCUUUAGGUUUAACCACACAUAAUGUUCAACCACAUGACCAGAACGUCAGAGUUACAGCAGCAAAAUACAAGUUAGCAGGCUUGUGCAUCCUUGUGAAUUAAAGUAGAAAAAAUUUGUACAUUCCUCUUGGCACUUUUCAGACAUUCUUCCUCACUGUUUUGUACACAGAGUCAGUCGGAUGAAAAAGAAAGACAAUAAAUUCAGUCAGGCUGGCUGUGGGUCAGAGGAAGGAUAAAUUAAACUGUGUCCCUGUGCGCCAAUCAGUUUGAGUGUUUGUUUUUUUUUUCAGUUGUGUUGAAAGGCUGUUAGAGGCACAUUUUACCUGACUGGACAGUUAAUGAGAGUUAAUUAAAACCCUCUUGAAAUCCAAAUACACUUCAGCCUCUCAACUAUGCAAUGAAGGGUGUUGUGCAUACAUUAAACUGGGAAAUUAGUAUCAGGUUAUAAUUGGGGUAGGGGCUAAGCUUGGAAAGACAGAAAAAGUUGUGCAAUUAACUCUGUGAGCUAAUUAUGAGAAAAGCUAUUUAGAUGUUUACUCUCAUCGGUAGCAUUGUCUGCAAGCAGUUGUCGAGAGCUGUGAAUGCAGAGUGAAGAUAAAAGUUGUUUACUUUUAAUGGUAGGAUUUAACCAUAGACAGUCAAUCAUUUAUUAUUCUUGGUCGGCUGUUGAGCCCCUACAUUUGGAGUCGAGCUCUGACGUAGCAUAACACGAGUUAAUACUUUAGAGCUAUCUUUGUGCAGAUUAUUUAUAGCUCUGAGAAUAUGGCGCAACUUUGCUAACAUUGCAUGUGUAUGGAAGGUGCUAACCAUGCUCUUAAUGCAAAAACAAACCCUUCAGUGGCUGGUUAAAAUGAGCUAAAGCCGUUAAUGGUUAAACAGAGCUAUGAGAGAAACAGUGACGUGUGAACCAAAAUGAAGCUGUACACAUCAGAAAUAAGGGGGGGAGGGGGGCACUUGAGUUGAGUUCUUCUUACUGUUUCAUUUUGAAACUGGACUUAAUUUCAGUCCGGCGGACAGAAACAAGAUUUAUUCAGAGUGUCAUCUUAAUUAUACAGAAUGGAUAAGAAGGAGUUGGCUGCUCACAUUAAAACAUUUGAAUAAGCAAGUUUUUAAAGCAUAGUUUAUGUCCAAAGUUGUGUUUUUUUCUACUUUGGCGUUGUUUGAAGAUGCAUGUCACCUUAAAAAAAGUCAUGUUUUUUUCGUUGACUAUGUGUGGGACUGAAAUUAGUAGUUCAGCCUUUUUAUGACCUUCAAAAGCAAUUUCUUUUCUUUAUGGUGACUUUUACAGUUUCUAGAGUUCCUACAGGAGCUUUAAAAUGGAAAACUUCAUUCAGUCACCGUUGAUUGACAGGUGUUAAUUGAUAUAGCCGAGGGGCUUUUCCAGUUUAAUUGAGUAUAUUUGUUCAGCGCAGUCUAUACAAGCCUGAUGAAGUCAAGCAAACUUCCCCUUAAUGCAUGAACCCUUUUAAAACAAUGCAUUAACUCACAUUAUCUACUUCUCCCAGAUCUAACUUCCACUUUAGGGUCAAUCAGCCUCAUUAGUGGUUGACCAUUGUCUCCCUCGGUCAUUAACUACAAACAAACCAGACAUAGAGUUGACAUAUUUCUUAACGGCAGCAAAGAUGUUUGUUAACCUUUGACUGUGCGUGGGACUCUGCUCAUGUGCUCAUUAAAAACUGAGCUGGUGCUGCCCGGGCACGGAGGCUUAGAUGAGAAUGCUUCAGAGCGCAUUAGCCCCGAUUACAGGGUGAUGUGAGAUGGCUGGGAGGUGACGUAGAAGAAACAGCUGGGUCCAUCCGCCUGGCUCUUUCUGGAACAUGGGGCCACAGACAAUGUGGAGAUGUCAGAGCCUUUCAUGUUCAGGUUGAAGGUUCCUGUCAGGGCAAGGGGAGCAGGCCUCGACAUGUCUGAGUCCCUCCAAUCCACCUCCACAUCCCCUGCCUCCGCCUGUACACAACUGUUGUUGGGUUAUAGUCAGACACCUUUGCAGUUCAAUUAUAUCAGUCUUACAGUUCUGGACAGUCAAUGAACAACUUUCUCCUGAAGAUACUAACAAGCAGGGACAUCAACAUGCCUCACAAUACACAAGCUACACUUGAGUUUGAUGCUGCAGGUGGUUAUUAUUGUAAAGGUGAACCUUAAACGCAUCAUAAUUACAGGCUUGUUGAAUGCAUGUUGAUCAUUAUGGUUUAGCACGUAGAGUAAAAACACAACAGGGCCACCUGGAAGGCAAAACUCAACAGAUCUAAAGAGAGUAACAAACACUCUUUUAAAUCAGGUGAGCUGUAAUUUAUGCACCCUGUUAUGAAGUGAAGCUCUGAGUGUGUGUGUCUGUGUGUGUUUGUGAGUGUGUGUGUGUUUUCCACAUACACACUCUGCUCCACUUUCAAAGAACAGCCAGAAUGAUAAUUAGCUUGGCUUUUACAUCUAAAUGUCACAUGUUGGCUAUAUUAAGACCACAAUGCCUGACUUGACUUGUCCAAUGUUUACUUUUUCCUCUCUUCUUUUGUACUUUCUUUUUAGGCUCUUCUUCAUACUCCAUUUGAACUACUGUGAAGUGUUUAUUUUUCACCCAACAAAAGGGCAACAAACGCUGCAUUUUGUUUUUUAAAGUUCUAUCUCUUUCUAAUGUCUUUUUCUGCAGCUUCCUUCUAUGGUGAUGGCUUUGUACAGCUCAAGGCAACAGAGUCGUCCGACCAUAACAGUCUCCGCAUUAGCUUCCGAACCUCCAGCACCAAAGGCCUUCUGUUUCUCGCCGCCGGCAAGACCGACUAUUUCCUACUGGAGCUUCAUGCUGGUCGCCUGCAGGUAGGUACAACCGUGGCCCUCACACAUGAGCAUAUGUGUUCAUGCAUAGAUGAGAACACACAUGCAUUGAUGUUCAAGCAUAUAAUACACAAUGAUCUUUGUGCUUCAACACACGCAUGCGUAUGAAAAAACAUGACACACACGCGCGCACACACCCAGUGAGCACCCUGAGCUAUUGCUCCAUCUCAUCUGACACUGUCAGUUUGUCAACACGGUAACACAAGCAGACAAGCCUGUGUGAUGCGAGCCGAAUGCUAACUCCAAACCAGGCGCUGGUCACAACAGGAUUGUCACAGUGAUUGUUAUGUAUUUUAGCUCCAUUAAUUGUAGUUGGUUCAGACUGCCGGUGUUGAGUCUGACAAUAAAUGAGUUUUGCUCCAUAAAUUGUCACUACUCCACUUGUCUACACUUGUCUCCUGGAAUUUUAAAACCACACUGCUGCUAAAACGUUCAGAUGAUAAAAAAAAAAUGCACAAAACACAGAGAUUUUUGUCAUUUUUUUAACGUUAAUUGAUCCAAAAAAAAAAAACAUCAGCUCAGCUCUUUUUCAUCCACAAUGCUCCUUUUAUAUUAAUCAUCUAUUGUCUAAUUUAAUGAGACAAUUACCACUCAAUUCCCAAUUGUGGAAUCUUGCUGCAUGUAUUUACUCACUUUCUCUCCCAGUGUCCUGCUAUAUGUGUCCCACUCAUAGAUCAAAAGUGAACUAAAAUAUUUGUUAACAGCCUCUGUAGUUGUACAGGCUUUUUUUUUUGUUAUUAUAGCGUAUUAAAAAUGUAAAAAUAUUGUUCCAGUGAAAAGAAAUUUUAGAUGGUCAUUAAUAAUUGAUUAACAUCAUCCAACAAAGUGAAUUUUACCUAUUUUAGGCCCGGUGUUUCAUAAUGAAAUAGCUUCAAAUGACUCUGUCAGGAAGUCUCAGAGGAUAGCUUUUGUUGUAAGUAAAAUAUUUUCCUGACUCUAAAUAUAGAGAGGAACAUAAUAUGCAAGAACACACCUCUGGAUAUGAACUUUUUACCUAUUUAAUGAGAAAACGUGUUUAUCUAGGGUACACUUAUGAGGUUAAAUAUGGGUUUAUGUAUAAAAUUUAGUGCGCUAUUUUUAGCUCACACCACAAGCCUUCCUACGAGGACUUCAGGGUUAAAUACAUUUGUCCCUUCAAGACUCGCUCUAAAGCAUCUCAUAAGCAGCUCUGCCAGGCUGAAUCAGCAUACAGAACGGACAGAUGCACUGUAGGAAGCCUGUGUAAUAUGCGGAAACAUUUAUAAGAAUCUCAGAGUCCUAAGACAGGCUUGAUACCUUUCUGGCACUGAACUCAUGAAAUCUAAGUGACUAAGCUUCUUUUGCCUAACAAUGUGCUACUGGAAAUGAAUCACAAAGUCGACCCUGAGCACUGUGGUUCUUCAGUGAACAUGCUUGCCCUUGCUCCUUAAACAAGCUCAGGUCACUAAUUUUUUUUUUUUUUGUUCACUAACACAAGUCAUCCUCGGGCUUGGGGUCUCAUUCCAUGUGAGUCAGACACGAGCGUCACUCCCUGGAAACCCUCGCAUGAAUAGCAGGGACUCAGCAGCAAGCCUUGACAAGCAUGUCAUCUGAAUGCAGAAAAGGCUUGAGAUGGUGACAUGAUGCUGUUAAGAAUAUCGCUGGAGGCCAACGGAUAAUAGUUCUCUUCCUGCUUAAAAUCACAGGAUGAGGAGACAAAGAUCACUGUCAAAAUAACCCGUGACAAUGAAGAAUGUUGGCAAGACUCCCGUGUUUCACUUUUUAGGGGGUCAUAUUUCUGCAUUCAGUCGUUUUUUUUACAAGUUCACAGACUGUUAUAAUUUUAAUACAAUGAAGUACUACAUGUAUAAUGCUUUGUAGAUAAUUAAGCAUGGAGUGACAGAGUAUUACAUUGAAAGGUAGUUUCCCAGUCGCAUUUCCAAACACUGGCAGCAAUUAUUUUGUAUCACAAAAAUGUCAAAAGGUAAAAACACCUGCUUGAUUCACUCAUUCCAGAAAUAAGAUCUCUUGAGUAAUGAUUUUUUUCUUUCACCUCUCAGCUGAAAGUGGACCUUGGAUCAGGGGAGGAAGUUCUGCACUCAGACCGAAGCACCCAGCUCAAUGACCUCGCCUGGCACUCAGUGGAGUUGCACCAUGCACAGAACAACAUCACUCUGACUGUAGACAAGAACUCUCACUCCAGUGUGAAGAUGCAAGGUUCGAGUAAUGAUCUCAAAAUUGUGGAUGGUCUCUUUGUUGGAGGUUCAGGAGGCCUGGAUCGACCAUACCUCCCUCGAGACCCUGUCGGCUUUCGAGGCUGCAUGGACCAGGUGAUCUUCAAUGAGCAUGACUUGUUGUUGUCACUGAGACCGUACACUGGAUUCAAGAAUGUCCAUGAGGUGUCUUUAGGCUGUAGCCCCCAAUUCUUUGCCACUGAGGAGGACCCCAUCAGCUUCUUUAGUUCCAGGGCUUACAUUUCUCUUCCAACCUGGAUCACCCAGCAGGAAACAGUGUUUGAGUGUGUUGUGCACACUUCCGCCAAAGAGGGGAUUAUCCUGUAUAACUCGGCCAGAGAGGGGGACUUUGUAGCCAUGGAGAUUCAGGAAGGUCUGCCGGUAGCCAUCAUUGGGAAAGGUGGAACCAAAACUGAGCUACGUUCCCUCACAUUCAUCAACGAUAUGAAAUGGCAUUCAAUCAAGCUGCACUUCAAUUCCAAAAGCCUCGAGCUCAGUGUAGACGGAGAGAUAGUGAAAAGCAGCAUUAAUUCACGGUCAAAGAGCCUUCAGUUUAAAGGUUACCUGUUUGUCGGCGGUAUCGAUGACAGCACCAGAUCAGAGGUCAGAAAGAUGGGGCUCAUUUCUGUUUCUGGAAAGCGUGUCAGAGGAGGCUCCUUUAAGGGAUGUUUGAAGAACAUUGAAGUCAACAGAGCAAAGAUGGGUCUCUCCAACACUAUAGUCACUAAAGAUAUCUCAGUUGGCUGUGAGCCAGAGAAAGCACCAGAACUAUCAACUACCAUUAGCCCAACAAGCACCCCAGCAUCCCUUUUUCACUUGGUGACACCAACACCAUCACUUUACAUGUCAACCCUUGCAAGGGGCUUGGACAGGAGGUACGGCUUGAAUUUCAUGCAGCUCAAGAACCUUGUCGUCCAUGAAGGUGGUCGUGCAUCUCUUGAGGCCAAACACAUCAAAGUACUCUUGGAUUUUAAGAAACUCGGGAUUCGACAGUCCCAGAUCAUGUUCAGAAUUCAAGAGCAACCAGUCCGCGGUCAGUUAAGGCUUGAUGUUGAUCAAGACCAAGAGGAGAACACCUUCAGCAUGUUGGACCUUUGGCACGGACGAGUCAUGUACAUCCAUGGAGGCUCUGAGGAACUGGAUGACUUCUUCAUGUUUUCAAUUUACUCCAGCAGUAGAAAGCCAGUUCCUGAUUAUCUCAAGGACAACAAGCUGUACCGUUACAAUAUCACAGUGUCGCCCACCAAUGAUGCACCUGAACUGAGCCUCCCUGAGGGAAACCUCUUUGUCCUGUUGGAGCACUCAAAGAAACGCCUCACCACAGAGGUUUUAAAAGCCACCGACAUCGACAGCAACUACACUGACCUGGUCUUCUCUGUGCUUGGAAACCUGAAUGCCGAUGCAGGGUAUUUGGAAAUAGAAAACAACCCGGGCAAGGCAGUGACAUCUUUCUCUUAUGUAGACUUGGAGGAACUGAGGGUGUGCUAUGUUCACACAGGGGUUCGAAACUCAAGGAUAGUUUUUAGAGUCGGUGAUGGGGAAAAGGUAAGCAACACUGUGGUGCUGCGGGUCAUGGCGGUAGCUCUGGAGUAUAAGAUUGCCAACAACACGGGUCUCCAGAUCAUCCAAGGAGAGGCAGCUAUAAUUGGUUCAAAGCAGCUUGCUGUGCAAACCAAUGCUGUUAAGCAGAUUGUUGACAUCCGCUAUGAUAUCAUUGAACCUCCCCAGUAUGGAGAGCUCCAGAGACUUCACUCAAGUGGUGAAUGGAGGUUGACUGACUCCUUCUCCCAAAGGCUUCUGGAAAAAGAGAGGCUGAGGUAUGUGAGCUCUUUUCAAGAAAUCCAGACAGCCAAUGCAACAGAUUACUUCAAAAGUAAAGUCACUGUGGCUGCAAAAGCAGAAACAGAAAUACUUUUCCCAAUCACUGUGAAGUGGGUGAAGUAUCGCCUGGUGAGGAAUGUUAUGCUACACUUGGAUAAAGUUAGAAAAGUGACACUAGACUCUGAGUGUCUUUAUGCCACAGCUGAUGGUGUGGAUCUCUCAGAGGAUGAGCUUUAUUUUCGAGUUCUGACCAUACCAAAGAAGGGGAGACUCCUACUGGACUCCACCGUCCUGGGGAAGAACUCAACCUUUAGCCAAAGAGACGUCACAAACCAGAAAGUCCAUUAUGAGCAAGUCGACAGGCCUUAUGUAGAUACAAGUGACAGGUUCAAAUUUCAGCUGGUCUCUAAACAUGCUCAGUCACAAAACUAUGAUUUCCAGUUUUCCAUCAAAGCUGAUGUCAACAGUGUGUUUAUGAAAAAUGACGGACUCUCACUCCUGGAGGGGGAAAGUAAACUCAUCACCAAAGAUGAGCUGUUUGCAGAGACUUUAAGUACGAAGGACAUGUACUACACUGUCAUUAGCAGCCCCAAACAUGGUAAGCUAGCACGUAUUAGCCAGUCAAAUUCUAAUGCUAGCUACACUAACAUCUUGACCUUUAGUAAUCAGGAUAUUCUAGAGGAACGGAUCAUGUACAUCCAUGAUGACAGUGAAACAACUCAAGAUGAGUUUAGCUUCAUCGCGUCCACCAGCCAAGGGUUCAAAUCUUCCAUUGCAGUGGAUGAAGUUGGCUCCAAAGAAGGAGUUUUUAACGUUUCCAUUCAGUUAGUCAAUGACCAAAAGCCAGUUCGUGUUAUUGAUAAAGUUUUUCACGUAGUGAGGGAUGGGCAGAGGCUUCUCACUAUAGAGGAUCUGCGUUAUCGUGAUGGAGACUCUGACUUUGAUGAUGGCCACUUGGUUUACACUCGGCGUGGGAUUCCAAUGGGAGACCUGGUGCUUGUUAAUGACACUAGUCACCGGCUGUUCCAGUUUCAGCAGAAAGAUCUGGUAGAAAAGCGAGUUUUGUUCAUUCACAGAGGCGUGAGCACUGGUAGGUUUGUGCUCUUUGUCUCAGAUGGGAAACAUUUUGUUUCGAGCCUUUUAGACAUCAGUGCGCAUGAUCCUUUCUUGAAAGUUGGCAACAACACUGGCCUGCUGGUUCAAAAAGGCCAUUCAGUCAUCUUUUCCACCAGCAAUUUUAGUAUUGUGUCAAAUUUGGACAUCAGAGACGACCAGGAGGUCACCUUCACGCUAAAUGAGCCUCCAAAGUAUGGCGGACUGUAUCUGAAUGAAACUAAAGUGGAGUCAUUCUCGCAGUCUGAGCUGAAGGACGGGCUGGUCUCAUAUCGGCACCAUGACAGCAAACACCUGGCAGAUUAUUUCAACCUGACAGUGAAAGCUAAGGGCUUUCGACUUACAGAGAGGAUCAAUGUGAAGGUUUACCUGGAGAGUCAUCAGAGGCCACCUAUUGUGCUGAAUCACAACACCUUACUGGUGGAAGAAGGGAAACCAGCGAAGAUUGAUGAGACUAUUCUAGAGGUGAGUGAUUCAGAGGAGACUCAGGCUCAGAGUUAGAUCAAAUUUCAUGCUGUCAGAUAUGAUUUAUAUUAUUCUCAUGGAAUUUGUUGAAACCCAAACUGGGACUUCCACAUAUUUGAAUAUUCAUUGUAAAAGCAUUUCAUUAAAAAGCCUCCAUUUACUAUUUUUAUGGUUUGUGCAGUGGAAUAUCUGGCAUAUUAGUAAUUAAAUGGAUGAAUAAAAGGCGAACAGGGGAUAGAAGACUGAAUACUGACCAGUGUACACUGAUGCCAUGUUGUAUUUAUAGAAAUAUGAGAGAUAAACCGCCAUGACACAUGGAACAUUUCAAAUUUAACCACUGAAGUAUGUUCUCUGAUUGAUGCAGGUCACUCAUGAGGACAACCUGCCAUCUGAGAUUGUAUUCACAGUCACGGCAGGCCCGUCUCACGGCUUUCUCCGGCGUUUUGUGGAAGCCGAGGAGCGCUACAUCGGAACUAAACAAUCCCCUGUCAAGACAUUUACCCAAGAGGAUGUGAACGGCGGGAACAUCCAGUACAUGCAGGUGGAGCCCAGCAAAGUCAAUGACACUUUCCUCCUCGAUGCCUCCAACGGGGUCACCGAUGUUGGUGACAUUAGGAUGUCUGUUGACAUCAUUCCACGCCUCAUCCCUCUUCAGGUCUCCAAUUUCACACUAAACGAGGGCGCCUCAAAAGCGCUAACCAAGGAUGUGCUUAAAGUGGACAACCGGCACUUUUCUGAAAAUAAUAUCCUGUAUAGUUUGACUGAGCCCCCCCAGCACGGCCACAUCGAACACUCCCGACACCCUGGUAUAACAUUGACCUCUUUCAUCUGGAGGCAGGUGAGAUAUUACAGUCACUCUUUAAAGGCACUAUAAGGAGUUUUUAACUGGAUGGGAAGCAGACUGAAACUGAUACUGAUGCCUCUUAGAGACCUUAAAAAGCAAACAAGCCCAUUAGCAACAAGUCUGAUCAUUUCACUGUAGUAAUUUUUGACGCUUUAAAACGCUUUGAGAGGGAUUGGCAGUAAGCUGAAUAUUAAUAUUUUUGACUUUUCACACAACAAAUACACAAAUUCCAUUGUUAAAAGACAACAGGAUGAUUUUUUUCCUGUCACAUAUACAGAACAACAGAUAUGAAGCACGAGUUAAGGUGAGAGUUAGUCGACAUUGUAUCCUAAAGCCUUUAAGGCUCCUGUAAGGAACUCUUUACAUGUGUUGAUUUUGGCGUCCCCUGUGAACAAAGUAAUACCUCUCCCUCUCUUGACUUACACAUUUUAUCAAAAAAGCAUCACUCUAAAUAUCAGUCUACUGAGAAACCAGUUCAAAGUCGUCACAGUGGCGGAUUUAAACUUGUUGAUGGAUGGAUUUAGAAAUAGAUCAUCUGACUGGUUGUUAUUGCAGCAAUUGUUUCAGGCCCAAUUAUUAAACAGGGUCCUCCUUUUUUCUGUCAUUCUACAUAUUUGGUUUCAGAUUCAAGCUUUCCUUCAUGCGGGAAAUGUUACCUGAAACUCAUCACUGCUAAUAAAGUCAAAACACUUAUGGAUAAAAAAAAAUAGCUCUAUCCUGGUGCGACCUCUUACACCGAGCCUGUUCCACCUGGAGUCUUCUCACCAUGCAGUUUUUACCUCAGAUGUUAUCGUCCUAGUUAAUUUCAUAAAUAUUACAAAGCAACAGUGAGAUUUUUCUUUCUUUAUUUGAUUGUGCAGUUGCAGAUGUCUAAAAAGUCAUGAAAGUGCUUUGUUUCUGUCGGCCUGGAUCUUUGUAGUCUUUUAUUUCGGGUUCUCUCCAAUAACUUCCACUAUGUUUAAUCAGGUGGAACAUGAAUUCAUUUACUACGUGCACGACGGCAGCGAAACAUUUGCUGACAACUUCACCAUAGUGGCCAACGACACAAGCCUGAGGAAGCAGAGUGCAGCACAGACGGUGUACAUCCAGGUUACAGCUGUCAACGACGAGCCUCCUGUUAUUACAGCCAACCGCGUCCUCAGGGUGAGUUUGCACCACUGCUCUAUAUUUAAACACUGGACUUUUUUUUUUUUUAACUUGUGAGUCUGGCACCAAUGCUUACUGUCAGACAAUUUUCAUGUGGGCAGUGCUCUAAGUUGCCACGGCUGGUUGGGUGAGGGAAACUAUGUUUGCUAUGUGGAGGAGGGUCCAGAGGGGCCAGUCUGCAGAGGGCAGGCAUUGACAUACAUUCAGCUGUGCCUGGGUCUUGUCUGCAGUUCUGUUAUGGUUGUAAGGUGUUGAGUUUUCAAACACAUGACCCAAGGAAGUAAAGGAAGUGAAGUAACGCACUAGUACUUUUUGUUUGUUUGGUUGUAAGGGAUGUUUGUUCCGUCUAUUGCAGAAGAAACUUCUAUUUUGCAUAGGUUGGUGACUGUGACUGGAAUUGUUAUCUAAGACUCCUCAUGAAUAUAAAAUAUUUUAAAUCAAAUGGAAAAUAACCGCCAGGCAGUGCACAGUCAUUAAACUUUACUGGUGAAAAUAUGUCGAUUGAAUUCUGCCUUUUUGCAUGAUGACAUUUCCUUGAAUAAAGAUCUCUGGUUGUGUAGCCUCAAUGCAGCACUUGACUCCCCUCUUCCCUCUCUUUGCAGAGAAAAACCCACCCCUAUCUGUAAAAAAACAACCCAUAACUACAUCCGUUUUAAGCAUGUUACUCGUAUAUUUGAUAGAAGUUGUCAAUGUGCUGAGCAGUUCUGACUUGUACUCUGUCAGCUGUAGUGGCUGGGGUUGGGUGAGGUCCAGCUGGAAAGAGAGGCCGAAGUAUAGCUCUCUAUUGUCUGAGCAGCUUUGCCCCAGAUGCCUCAAAUUCCUCUGGGACCCUGCACUGAAGACCCCCUUCUUAAAUAUACAGUAUGGAUAACAUCAGGAACUGGGUUGGAUUACAGUUGUUUGCAACUAACCCUAACCCUAGAGUUGUUUACCAUUUUUACCAUAGCUUCAUAAGGCAUAAUGCUCACUCUUUAUAGCACUUAGUAAACAUUGCUUUAAGCUUUUUAAUGUACUUAUUAGGGGUGGGAGAAAAAAUCGAUACAGCGUAGUGUCACAAUAUUCUGUCUGGUGAUAUAUCGUAUUGUCUCAUUGACCAAGUACCAAUUUUUCAAAUUAAUUUGCUAAUAUGAAGUCAAAUCUAUGAUAAUGGAAAAAUAAAAUCAAUUGUUUGACCAGUGAGGUUGGAGGUGACAUCAUAGAGCAGGAGAAAGUUAGUGCAACAAAUAUAUAUAUAUAAGGUUUGCAAGAUGUGCUACAUGAAAUAAAAUGCUGUGUAAAUAAGAAAAACAUGAAGGAAAGACAAACACUAAGUUUGCUAAACAGUUGAAAAAAUUGUAUAAAUUGCAACAUAUGGUAUUGCAAUAUGCACUAUGUUGCAAAAUGUUAAAAAUUGCAAUAAUAUUGUAUUGUGGGGCCACUGGUGAUUCCCACAUCUAGUACUUAUGAUGCAUUAUAAGAAGCUGAUUCAUAUAAAGUGUUGCAGAUGAUUUUUUGCAGAUACAAACCACAAAGAUCUCCACCCAUAAAUCAAGGAGUAAAAGCACAAAAGAUUUGGAGAGAGUCCUCUCUAUUCAAUUGAAGACGUGUAUCCAAAACAGGACUAUAAACACACAACCAAAAUCCUCAGCAUAUACAGAGAAUGUAGAUUAUCUCCUCCAACGCCUGUCUUGACAGGUUUGUGUUUUUACUGAUUCCUGAGAUAAACCAACAGCGUUCGAGGUGCUGAUUAAAAGAGAGCUGGGUUUUUACUGUCCACAAGGUGGCUCUCUCCCUCUGCACAUUAUGUUAGCUCUCAAACCUGAACUGUUGACAAGACCUGUUUACACGUCUAGUAAGAAAGAAAAAUCACUAUUAUCACUGUUUUGUGUUACCUUAAGUUGCAGCAGUUUAUCCUGACACCUGAAGUGUUUUGAAAAAAAAGAUAGCUGAGAGGGAUUUUUGUGUGCGAGCUGUGCUGCAGAGAUUAUAUUUGUUACAUAAGCUGGAGAUGCUGAACAAACCCUAAAACCACCCUGCAGGAGGAACCAAUUAAAGUCAGAAUGGUUACAUCUGCUUCUCCAUCACAAAACACAACUCACUUGCCAAAAAUGUUAAUUACUGUUCACUUCGCAUGCUUUUGGUUUUGUAGCUCUGGCAGUUUUAAUUUGCAAAUCUUUGACCUGUUUCUCUUUCUGAAAAUCUCAAAGUAAUGUCUCUAUUAACAGAAUGUGUCUGGCUGUCAGGUUUUCACAGUGCAGCUAAAACUCAUUGAGUUGUCACAUAAAGCUGUGUGUGACGUCUCUUGUCACAUUUUUUUUUAAGUGAUAAAUUUUUCAUGUGACCUAAAAACAGAAGGACGGUUGAAUACCAUACAAAGUGUGGCUGUAUAAAAAAAUCGUCUUUAACUUUCUCAGUUUCCGUGAGAUAAAAAGCGCACAUUAAAACAACACCUCACAAAUAAACAAUAACGGAUCUGAUGCAGCAGUGGGGACUCAGAGGAAUUGAGUAGAAGUGGAUCAAAGAUGUAAGAGCGCUGAGGUCUCUCUGCUCCUUCGCUAAAGCUGCAGCCUGACGAGCAGCAGACUCCCCGCUAAGUUUGAAGGACUGAUCCCGACUCUGAGGGCCUGUUUGUGCAAAUUAAUCUCAUGUGUCUCCUCUUUGAAAUCUGUGAGUCAAACUGAUUAUCAAACCCAGCAGACUGAUCCUGCUGUGACUUCCUGUUUGGAGGGUUGAUGUUGCUGCGUGAGGUACAGUCAUUUCCCGUUGGAUGAACACACGUUCGCAUGUGUGGCGGGUGUUCUCACGUGGGAGUGGUGUGAUGUUUGCGGUGUUUAAAGGUGCUAAUUGAAAAAAGUACCCCGGCCCAUGCCUCUUUUCCAGUAAGUAACACUUAACAGGCAAGUGAGAGGCCGGGCCAACACGUACACCUCAGCCUUUAAUUUUUGUCAUUUGAAAGCCCAUUAGGACUCCAGUGUCACUCUGUAUUUAGUGGGUUUAAAAGGUAAAACCAAUCCUCAGAUUUUCUAAGACUCUAAAGUAUCCUGUGAUGCACCCCUGCUGCUGUUUUAUAACAUCUUCUUCAGCAAUUUUCACUUUUGAAGAGUGGGAUCACUGACAUUUAGAGAGGAGCUCUGAGAACUCUCCAUUACAUCCACCAGCAUGGGAACAUUGAGGAGCUGCUGUGAUCACACCACUCCUCUUAGAUACACAUCUUGUAGCUGCCUUCGACUAUGGCUCAUUUCCACCAUGUGAUGCUUUAAGUGUAACUUAUGGAAGUGUAAUGCUGCCACACUGAUAAAUUAAAAAGGCAGAGUAUCACAAAAUAGCGUAAUACGUAUCACGUUUAUUUCACUUAAAAGUAUGAUUUUUCGUUAUUUCAAGAUAAGAUAGCCUGCUUUCAUGUCAUAGCAUAGCUUCUCCCACUGUGAACUGGUAUUUGAGCGAGCUCCUAAUUCAAAAUACUUCUUAGAGUACGCAUACUCAUAAAAAUCUCAUCCACAGUGCUCAAUAACUGUAGAAUCUCACCAUGUCUCAAGCCAUAUCAGAUUGUGGUCACGAGGAAUCUGAGGAGGUCGUAUCUCCCUGUCCCCAGUACCACCUGCGUGCAUGAAAACACGAUCAAUUUAUGUCAUUGGGGACUAGCGUUCUGUGCUCUUCCUCUUGUUUAGAGGUGAUGCACUCUGCGUGACCACUUACCGUAAAAAAAACUGUUGUUCAGAACUGCGCACAACAUGCUGACGUACUUUCUACCUCCCGACAACCAUCUUAGAAGUGACAAUAAAUUUAUAAAUAUCACACUUGCUCAGAAGUGUUGCUUUGUGCAAACAGGGUCUACAGUUUCAGCUGCGGUAAGAAAUCUGCAAACCUGUAAACCUUCAAAAAAAAUGAAGAAAAAAUACACAAAUGAAUCAUUUUUAAAGCACCUUUAUUGUUUUUUCACGAACCCUUUUUGUCAUGAUAAAAAAAGUUGUUCUUUUGCAACAGUUGCUAUGAAAACAAUCAAAAAUAUUGUAUUUUUUCAUACUUUAAAGAAAACAAAUAUUUCUACUGACAUAUCUAGAUCUAUGAGAGUAGCAAAGUAAUUAACAUGACCUAAGCCUGUUUAUGUUCUCAGCUCUUCAUCGUUGUAGCCUGACUGUGCAAACGCCUCACUGUGGUUUUCUGGGAAUAGAACCUGAAAUUGGCAUUAUUACCUGUACUCUUUCUACUUUGACUCACCAUAAUCUGCUGCUGCUGCUGCUAAAAAAGUAGGUUUCUGUUGCAGCCUUUUAGCAAUUACUGAGGAAUCCCAACCUGUGAGAGGGACACUGACAUGUUACGCAAUAACGGCUCGGGCCAGGACUACAGAGGAGGCUCAUCCUUUGUUUGUCAGGAGUCUGCAUGCUUCAGCAGUUUUGUGCUCUGUGUGUCAAUGAGUUCCUCUGUUCCUUCAUGUUAGCUCAAGGCUCUUUGAAUUUACAUGGAAGCAGAGCCUAAACUGUGGCUCUCUGACACGCUGCAGCUCAACCAACUGUGCGUACAAUCUGCAAGGCUAUAUUUAGUGCCGAGAUGUCCUUCACUUGAAUUAUGUGGAAGAGCGCUUCUUGAGUGAUGCUCACAGUGACAUUUUCCUCCAUAGGUUGCUUUUGACUCUAGGUGCCUCAGUCAGAGACGGUUUUCACAGCUUUUGUUUGUUGGAUCAGACACUGCGUGAAGUGAGAAAUGUGAGGUUGGUGAUUGGUGAUGAAGGAUGAGGUCAAAUCUGCUGUUCCUGCUGGUCUUUAAGUGUCAUACCUAGCAAAAUAGUGCUUAUGUUAAAGUUAAAGUAUUUGUCCUUUGCAUAAACAAACAAUCGAAUAUUUUAUUUCUUCCAUCAAAGUAAAUGUCAGGCUCACAUUUGGCGGUCACGUCAUGUACUGUCAAACAGAAUAUCUUUGUUGCUCUGUCCCCGGAGGCCUCUGCUUUCACAUGGAUUACAGAUGGCACCUGCUGUGUCCUUGUCCAUCUCCUGUCCAGGUUUGGGUGUCCUCAGUCACAGAGAUCAGGCCGGAGGAUCUGAGAGCACAGGACCUUGAUAGUCCCCCAGAGGAGCUGCACUUCAUGGUAACUCCGCCCAGCAAUGGGCACCUGGCCCUGAAGAGUGCCCCCAUGAUGGCCGUGCUGAACUUCACCCAGGCGCACAUCGACCAAGGACAGCUGCUGUUUGUUCAUAAAGGUAAAAACCCGUUUGAGCUGCUGAAAUACAAACCCUACAUUGCAUUCAUGAAUAAAAACAAGACAUUUAGUUUAAAGGGAUAUUCCGGUGUAGAAAUUAAAUUAGGGUCAAACACACUGUAACACUGAGUUAGACACCCCGUUGAGAGAUGAAUGUUGCCGACUGCUUGCUUCUCUAGUUAUACCAACUUUAGUAAUGACUGCACCAUAGCAAUACACAGCGGUCUGAGGAGCCAUAAACAAACCUCAACCAAAAAGCCACUCUAUAGCCACAAAUAAUGCUCAGAACAGCACCUAACUUCAUCAACAGUACAUCAAGGGUCCCAGCCAUAGUACUAGCCACCAAACAUCUUUUUAACUUUGCCUAAUUUCUUUAGCAAAGAGGCUAAACACAACUCACCUACUCUCUUCCAGCAGCUGCUUGUUUGUAGCGAGACCUCGGGCCAGUCCAUUACAGAUUGCCAGGUGACGCAGCUCAAGGAAGAACAUGUAUAAUAAUUUCUUUAUCAUUUCCCUAAAGUAAUAAUCACCAUAUUAAUCAUUUUGCACUGCAGACGUGGUAGUUCUUCUGCCUUGGCGUUUUGGUCUGAUUACAUUUCAGUGAGGAAAUGAUCAUAAAUGGUCUUCUUUAAGCUGCGUCACCCAGCAGCAGUCCGUAAUGGACUGGCCCGAGGUCUCACUACAAACAAACGGCUGCUGGAAGAGAGUAGGUGAGUUGUGUUUAGUCUCUUUGCGAAACAAAUAAGGCAAAGUUAAAAAGAUGUUUGGUGGCUAGUGCUGUGGCUGGGACCUUAUAUGUACUGUUGAUGAAGUUAGGCGCUGUUCUGAGCGUUAUUUUUGGCUAUAGAGUGGCUUUUUGGUUGAGGUUUGUUCAUGGCUCCUCAGACCGCUGUGUAUUGAAAUCAUGUGGUCGUUACUAAAGUUGGUAUAACUGGAGAGGCAAGCGGUCGGCAACAUUCAUCUCUCAAAGGGAUGUACAACUCAGUGUUAUAGUGUGUUUGACCCCAGAUUAAUUUUAUGCCGGUAUAUCCCUUUAAGAAAGGCUCAAAUUUUGUGUGUUUUAUCUUAAUUUAUGAUUUCAUAAAAGAAACUGAACCAGACAUGUGAGGAAAAAACUUAUAUAUAAUGGGCCUCACUUGGAUUAUCAUUUUAUAUCAAGUUAUAAUUUUGAAGUUUAAACAAAUCAUCCAGAAAAACUUCAAUCAAUAUGUAGCAAAAACUUGUAUUCACAGUCAUUUUUGUUUUGUGAGGGUAAAGUUUUGUCUGAUUUAAAGAUUAAAAUGUCAGUAAUUUUGGGCAGCAGCUCCCCAAAAUAUGUACAAUCCUAUGUAGGAGUUUUUCUAAAUAUUGUGUCAUAUAUUCCCAAAAUGCAUACUGUUCGUUUAAUGUCACACAACGCAAUUUAUGAGCUUUUCAGUUGCUGUUCCUCUUGCGUCCACUAGAAGAUGCUGUUGAUGAUUCCAUCCGGUUUGAUUUACUUUCUCUUGUGUCUGCCUGCAGAUCAGGUUUCUGCUCACUGUUCUGAUUCUUAUCUCCUCUCCUUCUUUGCCUCCACUUGUACCUCCAGGAAAGGUUGUAAUAUUGGUGUGUAAGGGUCUUGCCCUGGCCUACAUGUUAAGGAGCGUCUCUCUCUGUUUUUUGCUCACACUGCUACACUACUAUCUACAAUUUAUUCUGAAUAAGUAUUUCUUCAAGGAAUAGGAAUUUAAGGCUUGCACAGCAGUUUUUGCUUUGAGACCAACAAAAGAAAUGCUGAUCUGGUGCUUUUUAUGUGUAUUUUGCAGAAACCAAGCCCAGCUUAUCUGUGUGUUUGUUUCAGCCAAGAACAAAGUGAAAACAUGCACACAAAACUGAGGCGCAGUUGUUUGUUGACAGCUUCGCACCAGAGUCUUCUCAACAGUUUUGAGAUUUAAUUUCAUUUUCUGUUUCUUCUGACAUCUAGGUGCCAUGUCAGGAGGAUUCAACUUCCAAGUCAAUGACGGCGAGAACUUCACACCCAGGCAGAUCUUCAGCAUCACCGCCAGAGCUUUAGUCCUCAGCUUAAAGAAAAACCGACCUCUUAAGGUGUUUCCAGGUACAUCACACUGAGUCAUGCUUUUUCAAAGAAUGUAAAAGUUUAGUAAAUAUGAGACUCAGCAGGAACUAUUUUGAGUCAUAAGUGAAUGAAAAGUUUGGUGAAACAGUGAGUAUCUAUAGCAGUAGGGAGCAUAUGGGUUUAACCUUUUAGGCUUUGUCUACAUGCACACCUCUUAAUCGUGUGGAUUUAUGGGCAGCUUAAAGGAAUAUUCCAGCAUAAAAUUAAGUUAGGGUCAAACACACCAUAACACUGAGUUAGACACCCCCUCGAGAGAUGAAUGUUGCGGACUGCUUUUUAAGUUAUAAUAACCUUAGGAACGACCGCACGAUAGCAGUACACAGCGAUCUAUGGCUCCACACACAAACCUCAACCAAAAAUCCACUCUAUAGCCACAAAUAAUUCUCAGAACAGCACCUAACUUCAUCAACAGUACAUAAAGGGUCUCAGCCAUAGUACUAGCCACCAAACAUCUUUUUAACUUUGCCUGAUUUCUUUAGACUAAACACAACUCACCCACUCUCUUCCAGCAGCCGCUUGUUUGUAGGGAGAGCUUGGAUGAGUCCAUCAUCAACUGCAGCGGAGUUACACAGCUCAAGGAAGAACAUUUAUGAUCAUUUCUUUAUCAUUUCCUUGAAGUAAUAAUCAUCAUAUUAAUCAUUUUGCACUGCAGACACUGUAGUUCUUCUGCCUUAGCGUCUUGGUCUGAUUGCAUAUCCAUGGCUUUUUGGUUGAGGUUUGCGUGAGGAGCCAUAGACCACUGUGUAUUGCUAUUGUGCGGUCGUUACUAGAGUUGGUAUAACUGGAGAAGCAAGCAGUCAGCAACAUUCAUCUCUCGAGGAGGUGUCUAACUCGGUGUUACAGUGUGUUUGACCCUAACUUAAUUUAUGCCGGAAUAUCCCUGACAGAAGAGGUUGUUGACCCAAAGAAAAGUACAUUUUUAUAUUUAAAUGCAUUCCCCAUAUCAUUAUCUUCAUCAUCAACCUUUAUCAAAGCCUUAAAAGCCAUUAAGGCUCCCCUCAUUAACAGUGAUACACAGCAUCAAGAUUUCCCCUGCCACAUUCCCCGUCAGUGUUUGUAAGGAGUUAUAUCUCAAUGGACUAAAAUCACAAACAUUUUAAAAGUCUAGUUCCUUUUUGCAAGCUUUGAGUCAAGGUGAAACUUAGACAUCUGUGUCCUAAAAACGAACUGAAACAACCUAUUCUUGUUGUUUCAACCACUACUCUUAUCCACUCUCAGUCCCUUUUUAGUUUUACUGUUAAUAUCCAUAAACAGCGUGCUCACUUCCCCUUUCAGUUUCCUUGUAACAGCUCUUCUGAAGAAUUUGAAGAAUUUUUGUGGAUGUGGAUGUCAGUGACACCUUGCGCUCGGCCACUUCCCAGAAUCCCAUUGGUUAGAUUAUUUUUCACAUUCUCGACAGUGAAAUCACCACUCACAUACCAGACUUGUGAAUCAACUGCUGCUUUUGCUCAGUGUUUUGAUGAGCUGUAGUAUACUACUUUUAAUACUCAACAGCUAAAAAUAGCCUGACUGGGUGUUGUCAAUGUCUGCGAGCAUAUUUAAAGGUUCUCAUAGAUUUCCAGAGGUCUGGUUUGUGAGUUAGAGGGAGAGGAUGCUGUGGGGAAGCAAACUGCCAACUGGCACGGUCUGCUAAGCUUCCCAGCCACAGGGCGAGAGGGUACUUGAAAAGCUGUGCCACUGUCUGUCUGAGGCAGCUCUGUUUGUGCUUUGUGCCAGGCGGGGCAGAGGGAGGAGGGGUGGGCUGUGAGCUUCAACAGACAAUAAAGGGUUUUGAUGGGGUUAGAGGGGAGAUGAAACACUUUCACUCUCUGAAGGUAAGAUUAAUGUUUCCUCGCAAAGUCUUCAAAGCCUUUGAUUGUUGGGGGACUUUGUAAAAGUCUGCAAAUACUCCUGCGAGCACUCUGACAGGAACACGACAUCGCCUCCAAAUACAACUCAAGGACUGAUGGAGUCAUUCAUGUUAGAAAAGUAAUUAACUCAACAAAACUAGUCAUUCCAUUCAAUGUUGUUUAGAUAGCUAAGGAAGGACGUUUGACUGUAUUUUCUCCCUGAGAUAAACGCUUCUGCUUCUUCAGGAGUAACUGCAGGUUUCUUUUUUUCCUUGAGGCUGCUCAAACAACAAUAACCUUCACAGUUUAAGAGUAAGGUCAGGCAGUGUGAAUAUAACCUGAGAGGCAAAAGCAAGUGAAUCAGACAUGUGCUUCAGAUGAAGUUUAGAGACGCUUGAACAAUAUUCUGAUAUGAUCCGUCUCAGUUUAUAAUUAUCAUUUUAAACCGUUUUAUUGUUGUAUUUUGAUUUAUUUACUAUCAAUCUACAUACUUUGAACACAUGGACUAUGAAUAUUCAGGAUAAAUGUGUCUUGAAAUAUCAACCCCCAACAGAGAGCUAUGAAGGUUUUCUUUCUAAAAAGCUUAUCUUCGCCUCUCCCUGGGAGGGCCAUAUUUCCCGGGAGCGCUCAUGACAAGUGAUGAAUGAAUUUCUCUGUGCUCUUUUCCUAUAUCACUGCUUUCAGUGGUCUUCAUAUACCAGCAGCCUUUUUUUUUUGGAUCCACACAAUCUGUGGAAAUUUCCGUAAUUGUCCCUUAGAAGAAUAGAAGCCCUCAGUCGUCAGUUCUUGUCAUCGUGCGCAGGAGAUGUUUCUCUUUUCAUUUUACCCAAGUGGAAGAUCGCUGAGCCUUCAAGGAGCUGAUCCACUUUUAAUUUCUUGUUUGGAUUUUAUGUAACAGCCCGCACUGCAGUUGGACAGAGCCGUAAAAAAAAAACCCUCUGUGAUGUCUGCAGUGCAGCUUUAAUUUGACACAUCAAAGACCUCUCAUCUGUCUAUUCCUCGGCUUGUUUUGCAUAAUUUGGAGCCAACAAGAUGUGUAAUGCUUCCACAGGGAUAAACUCGCAAUAUUUGCAGCCACACAGUUUUUGCAGCGAUGUGGUCACAGUUAAGCUACAAAGCAGACAAGUCGAGCUGAUUAUGCUUUAUACACUUUCAUCCCUUCAGUUAUCUUUUCAACCAGCUACUUUUCAGUAUUGAAUUUUGCAAUUUUCCCCUCAGGCUCCUCUGCACCUAUCACAAGUGACGAUCUUGAGGCAGUGACCAAUGACAUCAGCAACACCUCGAGCCGUGUCAUUACAUAUAAUGUGAAUCGGCAUCCCAAACUGGGGCGUCUGGUGAUGAAGCAGCCUGACAACUCGACAGUGGAUGUCUCAACUUUCACACAAGACAUGGUGAGUCAAAAACUUCAGGUGGAAACAGAGCAUUGGAUUUAACAGAAGUGUAUUUAACAGGAAAAUAAAAGUAAUGUGAACUAGUUGAAGACAAAACAUUAGGAUUGAUCUGUUUAUGUGGAGAGCUGCCAGAUUUAAAUGUUAUGAAUAAUUUAUAUUCUGCGUCCUCAUUCAGGAAAUCCACUUUGAGCGUCUUUAGCUGUAUGUAAGGCUUUUAUGUAAUCAAUUGUUUUGAUGGACUCUGAUCUGACACAGUAAAAGCUGUGCUUUUAAGCUCUGUGUACUUUAUUUACUGCUGAGCAUAGCCGAUUUAAAUUAAUAAUGAAAUCUAAUAUAGACUGUAAUCCUUCAGAUUGGUGAGGGAUUAAAGAGGCUACUGAUCUGUUUAUACAGUUGAUUGAACCAUCAGUUCCUUUAAGGGAUAACCGAUCUGCGUCUCCUGCAAUCUGUUUAUGUGGAUUAAUUUUGGUCCAGGGUUUGCUUGAAGAUGUGUGGUUUUUGUGUGGUUUCCUCAGGUGGACAGAAAAGUGAUCAUGUACAUUCAAUCCCCCGUGGAGUCAGUGGGCUGGGAAGCCAUGGACUCCAUGACCUUCUCUGUGGUGUCACUACCUACCUCUCUGGACAGCCAGACCUUCAAAAUCGACAUUUCCUAUGAGAACACUGGACCUGAACACAACACAGUCCUGCUGGCAAAUACAGGUACGGACAAAAGUGUAAUGUUUAUAGGUUGACUGUAGUUUAUUGAAGUUUUAUCAAUGUAACAACUUUAAAUAGAACCAAGUGUAUUUUGAUCAUUAGUAAAUGGUAAACAGACAGUUAUAAAUAGUGCCUCUUCUGGCCCUCUGACAAAUCAAAGCGCUUUUAUAUUGCAUGUCAUAUUCACCCAUUCAUGCCACAUGCAUAUGCUGAUGACAGAGGCUGCACCCCCGGCAUUAAAGGCACUAUGAGGAGUUUUUGACGGGCUAAAAAGCAGACUGAAAUUGAGGCCAAUUCCUCUUCUUGACCUUUAAAUUUAAACUAUACCAUCAGCGAGGAGGCUGAUCAUUUCUUUAGGUAAUUAAUAAUGCUUAAAACAGCUGUGGGAGGGACGUUGUUGGACCGGAAGGUGGACAGUGAGGUGAAAAAAACUGCCUAGUUUGACUCUCUCUACAGCGAGUACUCAGAGUGAGUGAAAUAGGAUGAGUUUUUUGUCUGCAAAUGUUUCUUUCACAUGUAUAGGACAUUAGAUAAGAGGCUUCACUAUGUCUACAGGGGGCGCUAGUAUCAACAUGAACAAAACAUUUCCUCACAACGGCUUUAGAUAAAAUUUGUUCAUAUGUUUUGCACUACAAGGCCCACCCAAAAAGGGAACCUUCUGGUACUUGAAUAAAGUCCUGGGUUACCAUCCAAUAGUAUUUACGGUAUUUUAUUGUGGACCAAACCAAUCAACCAAUUGACUCCUUAUUGUCAUCCAAGAUUGAUACCACUACCAGCCUUAGAAAAGCAAGCUCAUGCUCUUGUUCACUUUAAUCACUUCACUAUGUUACACACAUGUCAUUGGUGAUGAGGUCAGUGUUUGCCUCUGUUCCAGGUGCUGAGUUAACAGAAGGGGGGAGCGUGGUUAUCGAUGAAUCAAAGCUGGAUGCCAGUAACCUGAUGUCCAAGCUGCCGACAACUCAACGGAGUUCCCAUGAGGUCUGGUUCCAGGUUGCGUCCCUGCCUCAGCAUGGCGUCAUAGUCGUAGGGGAGAGAAACCUCACCAAGGAGAAACCCAACUUCUCCCAGUUCAUCCUCAACAAAUACGGUAUCACCUACAAGCACGACAACUCAGAGACAACUCGUGAUUCUUUCUCAUUCAGUGCGUGGAUAAAUGCAAAGGGAAAAACGGCUCAACGUCCUGAGGAUGACAGCGAUGUAGUUGAGGAGCAUUUCAACAUCACAAUUACUCCCGUGAAUGAUCAGCCACCUCUGCUGAAAACCAAAGCUCCAAGCCUGAGGGUGGUGCAAGGAGAUACAGUUCCUCUGAGGCCUGAGAACCUUAAAGUUGAAGACUUAGACAAUCCCCCUGAUGAUAUUAAGUUCUCUGUGAUUAGUAAACCAAACAACGGUUAUCUAGCUCUUAAAGGAAGUUUGAAUGAGUCAGUAGUGGCCUUCACCCAAGCCCAAAUCAAUAAUGGGAGUGUCUAUUUCAUCCACGAUGGGAGCAGUGCCUCUGGGGUGUUCUACUUCAGUGUCACUGAUGGUCAUCAUAAACCAAUUUAUAAACUUUUCAAUUUAGAAGUGACAGAAAUCACAAUUUCUGUGGUCAACAACACUGGGUUGACACUGGAGCAAGGCCAGACUUCAGCAUCACUGACCCAGGACAACCUUGCUGCUGAGACGAAUGGGAAAAACAUCACCAUCCACUACUGGAUAACAAAGACCCCAAGCUUUGGCAAAAUCCUCAAGGACGACCAAGAGGUCUCACAGUUUAAACAUGAGGAUCUACAGACUAGAAGGUUGUCCUAUCAUAUGACCUCCCUGUCCUCUGCUGAAGACAGCUUUGAGUUCACGGCCUUCUCUUCAGAGGCUAAUCUGACCGGCCAAGUACUCAACAUAACUGUCAGAGCUGCGAUCCAGGUGAACGAAGGUGUGAGGAUUCCCAAUGGGAUUGAUGUCAGACUUAAUACGAACUUUCUCAACGCCUCUGAACUGGCAAAAUCCAGUGAUAGUGACCCUGUAUUUGAAAUUAUCUCCCAUCCCAAGUAUGGGAAGGUGGUUUGGACAAAACCUAAGCUGUCCAGAAAAGCUGGACAGGUGGAGUCAUUUACCUUUCAGGACAUGAUGCAGGGUAAAGUAGCCUUGAAACUGAAUGCCAACAUGACUGGAGUUCAAGAGCUUAAUGACUCCCUGGUGUUUAUUUUAAAAGCUGAUAAAGUCCAACCUGCCAAAGGUGAGUUCCACUUUACAGUUGUGCCAUAUGAUCCAGCACUUUUUGCAACCACAAAGAGUCCCGUGCCAACCACAUCAACUGCUCCACAAACACCAUUUCGGACUUCGAGAAAUGGAACUGCAUCACCGUUCAUGUCUACGGCUUUCUUCACCACCCAGCAACCGAGCAAAAACCACCAGAAGUUCAAGGCGCGCAACCGGUGGGGCAACUCCAACAGAACAAGCAUUUUUGGGACGACUCUUGGCAAAACAACACGCGGACCAGAGGAUUUUCCAUUCAGGAACACCCCGGUCCGUGUAGAGUCAUACCCUCAAAAAACCUCCAACCCUCUCCUGGUGAUCCUGCCCCUGCUGGCUUUGCUGCUGCUUAUAAUCAUCUUCGUCGUCCUGGUCGUCUUCCUUCGACACCACAGGGAAAGGAAGCACAGCGCCACAACACAAAACGAGGAACCCUCCACUGGUCUCCCAACCAGCCAGUCCUGCCCCGGUCAAACCCAGAGGAGCGCAACAGUCCCAACAGUGACGGUCACUCCGUUGAAGCACAGCAGCACAGCUAGCCCUGUUUUCGGUCGACUGUCACCAGUGACUCAGGCCUCAGCUUACAACACCAUCGACUCAAACAUGCUCAUAAGUUCUUGGAGUAGUGGUUCCCCUGCGUCAUCUUCUCAAAUCAUUCACACUCCUACUCCAACUCUGCAGAAGAAUCAGUACUGGGUAUGAUCCUGUACAAGGCAACUUUUAGCUAUGUGAGUUAAAAAGUUGGUUGAUAUGAACUUAGAUGACGCAAUAAUCUGCUGCAAAUUUCCACCUUAAAGCUGUGUUAAUAUCUUAUUUAUUAUUAAAUCAGUUUUAAGUAAGAUUUUUAACAGUUUUAGUCAUGGUAAUUAGUUCCAACCCAUCACCCAACUCUGCAGCUUUAUAAAACUUUUCGCUGGUUUUGAAGCAAUUUAGCAUAUGGCGCAGUUUUAAAGGCUGCAAUGACUUUAACUACACAAACUAUAUAAGGGAGAAACAGAGUUAGCUCUAUGCAAAUGUGUUUGUCAAGAGUUAGCUAUUUUUAUUUAUUUUAUUUGCCCUCCAGUGGCCAAAAGAUAACAGGUUCAGCUUUAACGAUAGAUAAAUACUAUUCAUUGAAACACAGGUUUACAAUCCAACACUAACCACUGCUGAGUAUUCAGUUUGUUGGACUCUGGGGAUUUUCCAAACACUUGGCAUUAUGGUAAAGGGUGACCUGUGUUUGGUGCCUACUGUGUGUUUAAUCACUUACACUGUCGUCUAGUCCUUAUGCACGUUGAAGUCUAUUACACAAUCAGCUAUGAUCAUGUAAUGAUGAUGAUGCAAAUAACAGGUUGAAACUGUGAAUUUCUGAGACUGACACUGGCAUGAAGAUGUAUUGUCUGAACAUUUUUAUUGAUUGUGCAUAUUUUUGUAUUAUUGUUAUGUAUUAUAUGAAAUAGUAUAGCAUCUUUUUUAAACUCAGGUACUUUGUUGACUGUCGUUUACUUACAUGUUGGUGUAAGUAAGGGUAGCAUAUAUAUAAAAAAUGGGGUUCUUGUUUAACAUUACAAGUAUUGCAGUAUCUUUAAAUGAGACUCUGAAAUUGCUUGUUUAAACCCUGAUGAAAACACACUGGUUAAAACAAUCGCACUGUUUUUCAUAUGUUUUUUUUUUAUAUUCUAAUACACGAUAUUUCUAUUUUUUUUAGGCGUGCAGAAAAAAUCAAAGUUUUAAUCUUUAAGAUUACACAAAUCUGUGCUGUAUUCCACCAACUUUAACUCCAAUAUUAUUGAUUGGGAAUGUGGGCAUGUUCUGUAAUAUCACAGUUUUACCUACAGCUGAUCAGAUAAACUGAAUAUAAUACAUUUUUACAUACAGAGCAGAAAUGACCUUCAUUGGUAAGGCAAUAAAUAUCUUGAGAUAAAGCAGGUAAUCGGCGGGCUAGGAUCAAAACCUUUUAUUGGAAUAAGUGCUGUGAAAAAUAUUCAUACACUGUUGAACUUGUGUGCACUGAUUCUUCAAAUCAUCUGCUGGAGACCAUCAUGGUUCGACGCCGAAAUGAUGUAUCUACUGAAAAUUAAAGUUACUGUUUUACUGACUUUUCUGUCAAUCCGUGGGAGAUGAGAAUACACCCUCAGAGAGAACUGCCGUUAACUUAUGUCCUAAACUCAUUUUGUACUGAAGAGAAGUGUCGAUCCACUGUAUGCCAUGUCUCAUUUGAACAAUGUAACCUGCUGUGUAACAAAAGUGACAUAUUUAUUUAUACCUUAUUUUUAAUAAACCACUUCAAAGUGUUUGAAAGA